CUGUCUUUUCCUGUUGGCACUGGUUCUCAGGCUUCCAAGGAUAAAGCUCAGAUUGCAGCCCGUGCUGAGUUGGAACCUGAGGCUGAGCCUUGGUCUGUGCUGCAACCUCUAGAUGGAAGCGACAGAUCUGGCCUCCUCCGCCCACUCUUCAAGGUUCUGUCUGAUGAACGAGGUGGGGCCCCCAGGCUGCAGCCAAACUCCAGAGCUUUACGCUACAUGAAGAGGCUGUAUAAGGCAUAUGCUACCAAGGAGGGGAUCCCCAAGUCCAACAGAAGUCACCUCUACAACACUGUUCGGCUCUUCACACCCUGUGCUCAACACAAGCAAACUCCUGGGAACCAGGAGACAGGAAUCCUUCCAUCGGUGGACCUGCUGUUUAACCUGGAUAGUGUUACUGUUCUUGAACACUUACUCAAGUCAGUCUUGCUGUACCCUUUCAACAACUCAGUCUCUUUCCCCUCUGCUGUCAAGUGUGGGUUCAACCUGGUGAUCACAGAACCAUCAUCUUCCAGCAAGACGGCUCCGGGAGCUCCUUCCUCGUUUACCUUUAACUCACAGUUUGACUUUAGAAAGAAACAGAAGUGGAUUGAGAUUGAUGUGACUCCCCUCCUUCAGCCCCUCGUGGCCUCCAACAAACGAAGUGUCCAUCUGUCUAUUGACUUUAGAUGUGAGAAUGACCAGGGGCAGCAGCGUUCCAGGCCGAGGAGUCCGUGGAACACGUCUCUCCCCGUGCCCCCCUCCCUGCUUCUGUACCUCAACGACACGAGCACCCAGGCCUAUCACAGGUGGGACUCUCUGCGCGCACUCAGGGGCCCCGAGCGGAGCAGAGGCCUGGCCGAGUGUGGACGAGCCGCCCGGGCCCGGAGAGGCAGGGAGCCGGCUGCUCCGAGGGUGAAGGAACCCGCGGCGCCGGCCUCCUUCAAUCUGAGCGAGUACUUCAAGCAGUUUCUCUUUCCCCAGAAUGAGUGUGAGCUCCAUGAUUUUAGACUUAGCUUCAGUCAGCUCAAGUGGGACCACUGGAUCGUGGCCCCCCACCGCUACAACCCUCGUUACUGCAAAGGGGAAUGUCCAAGGGCGGUGGGCCACAGGUACGGCUCCCCGGUUCACACCACCGUGCAGAACAUCAUCUACGAGAAGCUGGACCCCUCGGUGCCCAGGCCGUCGUGCGUCCCUGCGAAAUACAGCCCCUUGAGUGUUCUGACCAUUGAGUCUGAUGGCUCCAUUGCUUAUAAAGAAUAUGAAGACAUGAUAGCCACUCAGUGUACCUGUCGUUAG